UCAAGUAUUACAACAUAAAAUAUUUCGACAGUAUUUAGCCGACUAAGACGUUUUUCAUUGCAACACAGAUUUGUGUGAACUGUGAGCUAUUCUUUUAGACAUUUUUUGCAGUUGCAGAACGAAUAAAAAGCAAUAAAAAAAAAUGAGUGGAUUGUACAUUGUUCAAGUGGCUAUAUGCAUUUGUUUCAUGGACGGCUUUGAUGGACAACCGUUGUAUGAAGACAAAUGCCAUGUCGAUGAGAUGGACAGACGUUUCAACGGAGCUUACAAUAGAGAAGUGGUAUUGCAAAGACAAAUUGGCAGUUUAAAAAAUCAACUUGACUCCUUUAGAGAGACAAUAGAACGUUUACAAUUUCAUCUUGGAUGUUUAGAUGAGAACGGAACAUAUCUCGAAGAAAACGUUACAAAGAGUCAAUACUGUUUCAUUAAAGCACCUUUCAACUGGAAAAAUGCCAAGGGUAAAUGCCAAUCAUUUGGGUCACAUCUUCUUGAGAUCAACACAGAAUCAGAACAGAAAUGGUUGUAUGAUAAAGUUUCGAGCUCGGAAGGAAUGUGGUGGAUCGGACUUGUAUUACACACCGUAGAACACUUAUGGAUUUGGGAUCAUUCGGAGAGUGCAUCGACAUUAAAAUACUGGCAUCCAGCAGAACCCAAUGGUGAAGGACGUGAGAAGUGCGCCCUGGUAAAAAAAGAUGGCAGGUGGCGUGAUUAUCCUUGCACUAGCAAGUUCUACUUUAUUUGUGAAAGAAAAUAAGAGAGAAACAAGUUGCUGUCCUUUAAAAAAGGACUACAAUACGUGGACCAUUUGUUUGUGUUUCCAACGAAAAAGUGAAAGCCUUAAGAUUAUCAGAGAUUCCACCGACUCUAGCCCUCUGCUUUUAACCACUAAAUUUGUACGUUGUAUUACGUAUAUAUGUAUGUAUAGCCCUGUCUUUUUAUCUCAGAAUUUAAAGGAUUCAUACUUCUAAAAUAAUUAUGAUCUAUCUAUGAAUGAAGUUUGCAUGUACAGUAUCAGGCAUUCGGUGAAUUUUACUAUUCGCACUACUUUGUUAACUAUGCAGUGACAGCUUUGUGUAAAUUAAAAAUUUCAUAUUCAUAUGAUGCAAUUUUCUUGAGAUUUAAACUUUUAUACAGUGACAUAAUUAUUCAAUCAUACUUAAAUGCUUAAAAAAUUUAAUCGGGAAUUUCUCUACCCUCGCCUACUAUAAAAGUAAAGUUAAAUUACUUGUGUAUUCGGAAAACAACAAAACAUUGCAAAUUAUGCUAUUUGAUGCAUGCUGUAGUUUCGGCAUAACAUUAACUUAUUUCAUAAUACUGAUAGUUCAUAUCACAUGCCAAUCAUUUUUAAAAAGGAAUACUUUGUUUCUGUACUGUUUACCGACAACUUUACAAUUACAGCGCCUUUUAACUUAUGUGUGCAUACGGCAUGAAAUCCCGAUCCCGAUUCAGAUAAACGUGUGCUAGCCUGGUUCCCUGAGCUACCCAUUACGCACAGGAACCAGGCUAGCUCAUGCGCAGGCUGAAUUUUCCCCAUAGCAUCCGGUUUAACCUCGCUUAUAUAUUUUCUGCGUGGACCUCAGGGUCCACGCAAU